UUUUUUUCUUCUUCCGGUGGUCGCCCCUGCCUGGUUCCUGAUCCAAUUCGACGGCUCACUGGCCGGCUCCACCUCCGGCUCAUCGCCAGCCCUCCUCCUCCUCCGCUUCGUCUUCCGUUUCCAGGAGCGUGACGACGACGACGAUCCGAAUCCCGCACGCAGCCGCGGAGCUGUGGCCCCAAUGCCCGCGUCCCCGGACCCUCCCCUCGCCGCCCCCGGGGACGCCCCCGUCCCCGCCCCGGACCCGGAUCCCGCCUCGCCCGCCGACGAGGAGGACGGCCGCGUGUUCCUCGUGCCCCGCAGGUGGUGGGGGGAGGCGCAGGAGGGGGCGGCGAUCGAGGCGCCCGGGGUGCCCUACGCGGCCGCGCCCGCGGGGCCCACCUCCUACGGCAUGAAGGUGCUCAGCAUGUUCAUCUCCGACCAGGCCUUCACCCUCCGCCGCGCAGACGACAUCCUCCUCCAGGCCCCCGACGUCUCGGCUGCCGCAGCGGGGAGGAGCUACGCGCUCCUCGCCGCCGACCUGUUCGCCAAGGCGCGCGACUGGCAUAAUGAUUCUGCCAAUUCUGUGGGCAAAAAAUCGUCUCUUAAUGAAGAGGGCUCAGUAAAUAUUUACCCUAUAAUGCUCAGAGUUUCGGUCACACGGGAUACAAAUGCGCUAACUGUAAAGAUCGGCAAGAAGGACAACUCGGCUGAGAACUUUAAAAGAGCAAUCAAGAUUCUGAGUGCAGAUUCUGAGCCGGUUCACAUAUGGGAUUUCUCUGGACGAACAACCUACAUAUUGAUGAACGAAUGGAACCGAACGCCCCAAGACCCAAGAUCUUCAGAUCGGGAGAUGCCUCUUGAAAUACAAAUUUAUGAUUUGUCAGAACCUAUGGCUAAUGGUGCUGGUGGGAAAAAGGAUGAGUUAGCAUUACCAAUGGGUAGCUCAAUUUUUAGCAAUGGCAUUAUCAUGGACAUGGAUCUGGAUUCAUCCAGUGGAAGCUCGAAGCAAAUUGGCUCUGGUUUAACAGGAUUAGACAAUCUUGGAAACACAUGUUUCAUGAACAGUGCAGUUCAGUGCUUGGCUCAUACUUCAAAGCUGGUUGAUUAUUUCCUUGGAGAUUACUAUAAAGAAAUAAACCCUCAUAACCCAUUGGGGAUGAAGGGGGAGCUCGCUUACGCAUUCGGAGAUCUGUUGAGGAAGCUAUGGGCUAUUGAUAGAACUCCAGUUGCGCCUCGCCAAUUUAAGGCCAAACUUGCACGCUUUGCCCCCCAAUUCAGUGGCUUUAACCAACACGAUUCACAGGAGCUUCUUGCUUUCCUAUUGGAUGGACUCCAUGAAGAUUUGAAUCGUGUUAAAUGUAAACCAUAUUCUGAAGCAAAGGAUUCUGAUGGUCGUCCAGAUGAAGAGGUCGCAGAUGAAUACUGGGGAAACCAUUUAGCCCGAAAUGAUUCUAUAAUAGUUGAUAUCUGCCAGGGUCAAUACAAGUCAACAUUAGUUUGCCCCAUUUGCAGGAAAGUUUCUAUAACAUUUGACCCGUUCAUGUAUUUAUCUUUGCCCCUGCCAUCAACAACAAUGAGAACAAUGACCAUAACAGUCUUUAGCACUGAUGGCACUACUGGGCCGUCUCCGUACACUGUAAGCGUGCCAAAAACUGGAGAUACUAGUACCCUUGUUAAUGCUUUAAGCAAUGCUUGUUUGUUGAGAGAUGAUGAACGCCUCCUCGUUGCCGAGGUCUACAAUAGUUCCAUUAUCCGGUACUUGGAAGAUCCUUCUGAAGUCAUCUCCUUGAUUAGAGAUGGAGAUCGUUUGGUUGCAUAUCGGCUUCCAAAAGACAGUGAAGAUGCUCCUAUAGUGGUGUUCAGAAACCAGCGUAUGGAGUCAUCCCUCUCAAGUUUUGGCAGGAAGUCUUGGAAAUCUUUUGGCACACCACUUGUGUCAAGUCUUCCCGAUACAGUAACUGGAAGCACUAUCUGCAAUCUUUUCCUAAAGGUUCUGACUCCAUUCCGAGUAUUGAAAGAUGAUGUUUCAGAUGCUGAUCAAGCAACCGGUGAAAGCAGCCUAGUCAAUGAAACUGCAGAAAAUGAUAUGAGCUCUGAUGUGUCAGAGGGCACCAGCAUAAAUAACAAUUCUCUCGAAGAUGAAACAAUGAUUGAAGAUGCCAUGCAAUUUUUCCUGAUUAAUGAAAGGUUCUCGGACCAACCCUUGAAGAUAGAAAUGGAUCAACCUGUUACAGUGAAAGGCUCGCAGAAGCGUCUGCAUGUGGUUGUGUGUUGGCAGGACAAUGGGCUGGAGAAAUACAAUCUUAGUUCUUUGGAUUCUCUUCCAGAGAUUUACAAAGCAGUGUUAUUUUCAAGGAGACCGCAGGACACCUGUUCUCUAUAUGCAUGUCUUGAAGCUUUCAUAAAGGAGGAACCGUUAGGCCCAGAAGACAUGUGGUAUUGCCCAGGUUGUAAAGAGCAUCGGCAAGCUAGUAAAAAGUUAGAUCUUUGGAGAUUACCAGAAAUCCUUAUAAUACAUCUAAAAAGAUUUUCAUACAGUCGGUUCACAAAAAACAAGCUAGAGACAUUUGUGGACUUCCCAAUUCAUGAUCUUGACCUGUCAAAGUAUAUCGGUAACAGAAGCCAACAAAUUCCCCACAAUUAUCGACUGUUUGCUAUUAGUAACCACUAUGGAAGCAUGGGAGGUGGCCACUAUACAGCUUAUGUUUAUCAUGAAGGGAAAGGAGGCUGGUACGACUUCGAUGACCGUCAUGUGGGUCCUAUAGCCGAGGAUAGCAUAAAGACAUCGGCAGCUUAUGUUCUCUUUUACAGGCGGAUACAGGAUGAUAGCUUAGAUACAGAAACAAAAAUAGAUUCUGAUUGUCCGACGUGAGGGGCGGUGGCGUAUUUUGAGCCCAGAGUCCUGGACAUUGUAUAGUUCAUUGGUUGGGGGACAGUUCUGCUGCAAAAGAGGAGGAAAGAAAAACAUUGGAUGUUAAUAUAAGAAGAUGACAGCAACAGCAGCAGCCGAAACUGUCAUUUUGUGAGUGAGUGAUGGGUCAUGGAAGCGAGGUAGUAACAGGUGGGAGAGGUGAUUGCUUGACUUAGAUGGAUUUAUCGUUCCCAGCAUCCAGAAUUAGGCGGAAAGGCGCGGCAGGCAGGCUGUUGUAGGUUGAUAUUAUACAUGUUUCUCACCCAAUAUUUUCUAGGGUUCAAAGUUGGAGAUAAUUUUUUUAUUGCUGUAGUUCCCAUAUAGGUUCCCCUUUUAUUCUUUUUAACAUAUGUAAUUGGUAACGGUAAAUUUUGGCUCAUUUUGUGGAGAAAAAAUCAGCCCAGAUUCCUCAGCAGUUAGCAAGUAGCACUGUUGAAAGUUCAGUGA